CGGCCACUGUUUGUAGGCUGGACACCUACUCUAAGGAGUUUGUGUUUGUGUCCUGGUGCUGUGCGCUCAGACUUGACCAUGUUUGGGCAUAGAAGCUCAACCCACAGGGGACCAAAGGCUGCUUCCCUGGAGACGGCUGGGAGGCCAAACUUUCUGCUGCAACUCUGAGGCCUCUUCUGGGGUGGGGGUAGGAGGCUGGGAAGAAAGAAACUAUCGGCCCUUUGAAGACCUCCAGGGCAGCAGGGAACCCAAUGACUGGUGCCCUUAGUGGACAUGGGGAAGAAGCUGGUGAUGGCCCAGAAGCGGGGAGAAACCCGAGCCCUUUGCCUAGGAGUGGCCAUGGUGGUGUGUGCUGUCAUCACCUAUUAUAUCCUGGGCACAACUGUGCUGCCUCUCUACCAGAAAAGCGUGUGGACCCAGGAAUCCACCUGUCAUCUGAUUGAGACCAACAUCAGGGACCAGGAGGAGCUGGAGGGCAAGAAGGUGCCCCAGUAUCCAUGCCUUUGGGUCAACGUUUCGGCUGUGGGCAAGUGGGCUGUAUUGUACCACACUGAGGACACUCGGGACCAGAACCAGCAGUGCUCCUACAUCCCAGUCAGCCUGGACAAUUACCAGAUGGCCCGGGCUGACGUGGAGAAGGUCAGAGCCAAUUUCCUCGAGCAAAAGGUUUUCUACUGCUUCUCAACGACUCGGGAAAAUGAGACAAGCGUUCUAUACCAGCGCCUCUACGGGCCCCAAGCCCUCCUUUUUUCCCUCUUCUGGCCCACCUUCCUGCUGACCGGUGGCCUCCUCAUUAUCGGCAUGGUAAAGCUCAACCGCUCCCUCUCCAUCCUGGCGGCCCAGAAGUAGACUGAUGUGUGCCAUGUCACAUGUCCACAGAGGACUGGGUGAGUCUCUGGAGCUGUUCCCCACUUGGAUGCCCAGCCCUCCUCCUCUGCCUCCACUGCCACCCCUGCCCCACAAGCCAUCCUGACCUCUACUGCAUGGUAGACCUUUGGGAAAUCUGUUAAAUAAAUUUCGUGCUUCAGGAAACAGUGGCUCCCUAGUGCCUCAGAGGAGAAGCCAGCCAGUAACAGCUGUCCCUAACCUGCCCUCACUGUAUCAGCUCAGACUUGUCCCCUACUGUGUCACUUUCUACCCCACAAAUGACCAGGCCUGCUACACACCUCUGUGCCUAUGUUUUUCCUAUUGGUUCAAAAGCCUUCCUACCACACCCAGGGAGCUCUCCUUAGCAAACCUUAGUUCCUUCUUUUCUAUUUCUGUUCUACUUCUUUUCAUUCUACAAUAAAUGCAGUAUCAGCUCCCAUUUACAGCACACACUUAGUAUUCUGCUUUUCUUUUUAGGGCACUAAGUCUUACAAACAUUUUUUUUUUAUUCCAGUAUUUUAAAAUACUAGUAUCCUCACUAUGUACAGGGACCCAGUUUCAGGAUCUCCCUCUGAUGCCCAAAUCUGCAAAUAUUCUAAUCCUUGAUUUAAAUAGCAUCAUAGUUAAACGUAACCUAUGCACAUUCUCACGUAUGCUUUAAAUCAUCUCUAGAUGAUGCAUAAGACACAGUACAAUUUAAAUGCUGUGUAAAUAGUUGUAAUAUUAAACUGGUUAGGGAAGAAGAAGAAAAAUGUCUGUCUGUGUUCAGUACAGAUGCAAUUUUGCCCCCAAAUAUUUUCAAUCUGUCACUGAUUGUAUCCACUGUUGUAGAACCUGCUGACUGUAUAUAGAAAGUCAUAAACUCAGCAAAUAAACCAGAACACAUAAAAAUGUUAACAGGGGCAUGAUGAUUAGUUUUAAUUUCCAUAUCUCUCCUUUUUAGGGUACAUUUUCAAUUCUCAACAAUGAGAGGAUUUUAUGUUGUUUUGUUUUUAAUCAGAAAAGCAAAAGCAAGCAUUAUCUGGGAAAGGUUAGAAAGGGGAAUUGCUCUCCCAAAGGAUUCUUUUUUUAUUCAGAGCCAGGCUAUUGGAGAUACAACCUUAGAACACUGAAUCAGACAGAUAAGAAUGUAUGUGUGGUACUAAGCUGCUAGAGAAAUCUGACUUAGAUCCAAAAUAGCCACAAUUGGAAGAAACAUGACCACUACCAUUGCCAUUGUUGUGGUUUGAAUGAGUCCCCCAAAAGUUCAUGUCUUAGAAACUUAAUUUACAAAUUAAUAAAUUCAUGGAUGGGCAUGGUGGCACAUGCCCGUAAUCCCAGCACAUGGGAGGCUGAAGCAGGAGGAUUGCUACAAGUUCAUAACCAGCAUGGACUACGUAAUAAGUUCAAGGGUGGCCUGAACUAUAUAGUGAGAUCCUGUCCUAAAAAACAAAAGACAACAAAAAAUAAUAAUACAUUCAUGAUAUUUAUAGGUGGGCCCUGUCGAAAGUGAUUAGGAUGAGGUCAUGAAGGUGAGGCUCCCCGAGGGCAUUAGAGGCUUUAUAAGAAGAAAAAAACCUGAGAUAGCAUGUGCCCUCUGGCUCACCACGUGAUCCCUCAGCCCCGUUAUGAUGCUGUGGGAGGGCCCACAAGAUGCUGCACAGAUGCCAGCACCAUGCUAUGGAACUCCCAAAUCCUGAACAACAAGAAAUAAAAUGUUUUCUUUGUAUACUUCCCAACCUCAGGUAUUCAAAAAAUGAACUAAGACAUUCUGAGAAGUUGUCUUAAGAACAGUUAUCCUCAAAAUAUGGCCCUGCACCAGCAGCAGCAGGAUCCCAUGGAGAUUUGUGAGACACAUGUGAUCUUAGGACCUUGUGUAGGUCCUGCAAAGCCAGUGACCCUGUGGGGAAGGGGACGAUGCUCUGCAUUUUAACAGUGGCUGCAGGAAAUUGGCACAUAUCAAACAUGAGAACUACUGGUGUAGGAAAUAAGUCCCUUGUAGCCAAGCUUUUCAAAGUGAACUACUAUUUCCAAGGUAGGCUCUGGGCUGCAUAUGAAAUUAGACUGGUAUCUCUCAAGUUCCUGCCAGUGCUGUAGUUCUAAGAUGCAGCCCUUGGGUUUGAUUUGUGUCCCUAUUGCUGCAAGAUGUAUGGGAAGUUUUCAGAUCCCUGGGGGUGUAGCCUGGAGGGGAACUGAGUGGGGGACGCCCCUUCUUAUUUCUUUCUCUUCUGCUCUUUGGUCAUGAAGUGAGAAGUUUUUCCCUGCCAUGGGCUUACCCCAUGAUGUGUUUCCUCAGCACAGGCCCAAAACAUUGUGGCCAUCUGAUGGUGAACUGAAAACCUCAAAACUGCAAGGUAAAGUAAACCUUUUCUCCAAAUAAGUUACUAUCCGGGGUCUUUGUUCCAGUGACAGAAAGCUGACUAGCACAGUGCUCUAUAAAUUACUAUAAAAAGUUGCAUCCACAAAAGGAGACUAGCUAAGGCCAUUCAUCUAGUAUAGAAGGAGCGAGGAAUCAAGCCUACAGCUGCGUGAUUCCAGGACCUGGUGUCUUAACCAUAGUAUCCACAGAAACCCAGCUGAUAGGCCAAGGGACACAGCUACCCAAAACUACAGGACGAGGUAAGGAUGACACCACAUCACUGCAUCUCAAAGGUGUCCACAUGCAGGGCACCAACAUUUGUCACCUCCAACCAGAGCUUAGAUGGCUGCCUGCACCCUCUAAUUCCUUACCUGUGCACUUUCCUUCCAAGGCCAAGCAGAGUUGCUCCUUUCUGAAGGCAGGAAGGUCUCAAAGGCCUCUGAAUCUUCUGAGAAAGUCCUAAUUGUGAUACCGUACUAUACUUUUUCAAGUUAUCACUUGGGAAAUUCAGUAAAGAGGGUCUCUAUUUCUUACGAGUAUAUGUGAAUCUACAAUUAUCCCCCAAAUUUAAUUUAAACAGAGGAAGAAAAAAGAUACAAAUCUGAACUAGGAGUUGGAGGAGUAGGAGAGGGACUACUUUACACAUGGUUUCAAUGUACCUGCACAUUUGAGACUGAAACGCACAGAAACUCAGACUAUUCAAACAGCCUCUUAAGGGAGAAGGUCACAUCUUUCUAGAAAAAUUAGCACCAUGUAGGGAUGCCUAGCCUCCCUGCCACACACAUUAUACAUGCUGACCUUCAUUUACUUGGGAAGUAUAUUCUCUCCCUGUCAACAGAUUCUGGCCUACUUGUACCAAAUGCUACACCUGUUGGUGCUCGCAGAACUUCACACACAGGAGGAGUGAGAAAUAAUGGACAUUUAAGCAUGAUGGACUUAGACACUGAGGAGAAAUGGUGUUGCAAUAAUAGCUGCUUAGGAGCAGAGUGUCCUCAUCAGUUCUUAAUAAGUCACUGCUUAUGAGCAUCUAGUGCCUUCACCACUUUUGCGUUUGCUCACACGUGUCAGUGACCCACACUCAGAGAGAUGCACCUGGUGCACUCCCGUGUGUCCUCUCCCAGAACUCAUACCACCUUGGAGAUGGAGAACAGAGGCAGUGGGACCAAUGAGCUCCUCACACGGUUGGAAAAGACCUAUGUGUGACAUCCUAAUAGUGCCAGUCCUCAGAGAUAGCUUUCACUCACCAGCUCAAGGUGCAAUUUGAGGAAUAAAGAGAGGUGGUACUCCUACCUCUGAAGACCCCACAGGGAAAAGAUUCUACAUUCCCCUACAUAGUAUAUCUACUUGCCAUGAGCUAAAAGGCUGUAGAGGAUCACAGAUAUGAGCCCAGACACAACACCUGCCUUCAAAGCACUUUUUGUAGCCUCUCCACCCAACCCCCUAACCAGUUGUCAUUAAGGGUUUUAUUUCUUGGCAGUGAAGAACCUCAAUUAUGCAAAUUUAAAAUUAUACAGUGGGAAAAAAAAUCUCAAUUUUGGUGACAAUGAAAUGAUGCCAGCUCCCCCUACAAAUCAACAAUUCAUCUCAAAUUUCUCUUAGUGUCAAGACUCCUUGGGUAAGUGGAUCGGAAACUGUAUUUAUACUACUGUUAAUUGCAAAGGAAGGCUGGUCUUGAAGACUCUCCAAUGUCUUUUAAUUAGCUGUGUAUUCGGAAUAGUUUUAAUUCUAUGCAAAUUGAGGGAAAGCAGUGUUUGAACAAAGUCCAGCUGUCCUGUAUUUCACCAGCCUUACCACAUGUAGAGAAAAGCAAAAGAGCAAACAAAGAUGAGAGAGACAUGGAGAUAUUCCCCAGAGUAUAGGGUAGCACUUCUCAAAGUGGAGGUUUGCAAGGUCAAAACUCUUUUCAUAAGAAUCUUAAGAUGUUAUUUGACUUUUUUCACAUCACACUUUUUUCCCACUCUCAUUCCAGAGGUUAAAUGACAUGCAGUAUCACAACAAACUGAAUGCAGAAACAGCUAUGGGAUUCCAGCUGCCUUAAGCUAGACAUUACAAAGAUUUUCAAAAAUGUAAAAAAAAAAAAAAAAAAAAAAAAAAAAUUCCACUUUUCUUAAAAAGAAAUUUCUGGAAAAUAUAACUGUUCUUCAUAAAAAUACAUUUUUCUGCAACCUGCAAUAGGUUUAUUACUAGCUUAAAAUAGAAAAUUCAAAUUAAAUUCUUUAAAGAUCUUGGUUUUAAUUUCUAAAAUAUUAACUUUUAAUAGACAUAGCACAUAUACACCAAGGCUCUUCGGAGCCUCAAUAUUUUUCAAGAGUAUUAAAGGUCCUGAUAGCAGACAGCUUCAUAGCUGCUAGUCUGGUGAAUCCAGAGACGAAGCCCUAUACCCCUUUUGCACCACAUCCUGUGAAAAUUUGAAGCCUUCCCCUGGGCUCCAUCCGAUUUCCACUUAGGAAGAAGGCUUUAGUUUUCUGGUUUGCCCCUGGCAGUCUCUGCUCUCUAAAUGAAAUCAGUGGAUGAAACACCUCCCUAUCCACAAGUGCUUGCCUGCUAUUUGUUACAUCAACUCAAAGGUAGAAUUCACAUUCUUCCUAGAUGGUUCAACUCUUCCUUGCUACUCAUAUAAAGUAUGUGUUUGUUAGCUUCCUUUUUAAAGAUUCAGCAGAUGGGGAAAGGAGGUAUGUAGCUGCCAAGCAAACCCUAAAUUGAAUAUUAGACCAACUCUGUGAUUCACCCAGCAUGCUCCUUCUUGCCCAGUUUAAAAGUGAAACGAAAUUUAUAGGGACUUCGAUUUUUCAGAAUCUCUAUCAUCCCAAACCAACCUUCCCCGCUCCCUACACAUAUGAAACAAAAGUGGAAGCUUGCUAAGCAUAAACAAUUUCAAAACAUGUCUUCUAUCCCCAUGUUCUAUGUGAAUUCUGGAAUCUCUGUAAUUUGACAUCCUGUUGGUUUUGUGUAUUCCAGUACAAACUCCUGUUCUCCAAGGUUCAUUAGAAUUUUAAAGAUAAGCAUCUAGUGCUUUCCCGCCAUCUAACUUUAACCUUCUAAGGUACCACAAAGCAAUAUUUUCAUUUUGCUAUAAUGUUCCUGAAACGGAGCAACUAAAAUCUUUGCAAUUUUCUGGAUGAUAUGGUUGCUAGAAAUAUGCUUUGUUCUAAGCAGUGACUUGGUAGGCCCAUGGGUGGCCACAGGAUUGUGUGUCAUUUUCCCAUUGCCAAGAUACAAUACUGACAACCACAAUUUAAAGGAGGACAGAUUUAUUAGGGCUCAUGGAUUACAGAGAUUUAAAUCCAAGGUCAGGUUGCUCCAGGGCAGAAAUGGCACAGCAAAGGGGAUAGCAGGGGAACACUGCUCAUGUUUACAGUGGCCAGGAAGCAGGAAAGAAGGUAGGAGCAGUGGACAAGAACACAGCUUUCCAAGUAAUGUCCCAGUGGCCCACCUCAAAACAGGAAGUCAGCUAUAGAUUGCCACGAGACAAUUAGUUUGCAUAAACAUGAGACUUUUGGGGAACUUUUUCAAAAUCUAAACCAUAACAAUCGGGAGUGGCUCACCAGAAGUAUCAAGCCUUAAUUAGAAGUUUUCAGCUGCAAAUCACAACUUCUUGGGAGGGGACAGGGGCUGGAGACUGAGUUUAAUCACCAGUGGUCAAUGAUUUUACACUAAUGCCCAUGUAAUAAAAUCUCCAUUAAAAACCCUAAAUCAUAAGGUUUGAGGAGCUUCAGGGUUGGUGAACACAUUGAAGUGCCAGGAAAGAGAAUAAAAACUCUGCAACUCUCUCCCUUCUACAUCUCUUAACUUAUGCAUCUCUACCAUUUGAUCGUUUCUAGAUUAUGUUUUUAUAAUAAAUUAAUAUAGUAGUUUCACUAAACCAUGGUUUUGCUUUCUAAGAUUUUGGUUACCCAUGUAAAUGAUACUCUGAAAAUACUAAGUGCAAAAUUUGGAAAUGAGCAAUUAAUAUACAUUUAAUUGCAUGCUAUUCUAAGUAGAAGAUAGUAAAUUAUGUCUUUGUCCAGAGUAUCUGCCUUGUAUAUCCUGCCUACCCAUAUAUCAUUUAGUAGCUGUCUUGGUUAUUAUACGAAAUAUCAUGAUAUUGCCAUGGUUGUGUUCAAGUAGACCAUUUACAGUAGCCUAAUGUUAUAUCAUGCUGGCUAUGUCAUUUACUGUCAUGUAAGCAUCAUUUUGUGUUAUAUUAUAAAUACAAUAAAAUAUUUUGAAAGACCA